AUGGGCAAUCUGCUAAGCGGGACCAGCUUCAAGGAGCCCACCACUGUGGAGGACUGCGACUCCACCUGGCAGACGGACUCCGAGCCGGAGCCGGACGAGGAGGAGGACGGCCGAGACGGCAGCGGCCCCGGCAGCCGCGAGGGCCCGGGGCACGAGCCUGAGCAACCAGCGGGGCCACCUACCCGGGCCAACCCGCGGCCAGAAGACAGCCCCAGUGCACCUGAGGGAGACACGGACGCCGCCGGUAGCAAGGAGCAGAAUGAGGAUUCUAGUGAGUCGGCUGCGAAACCAAAGAGAAGCUUUUAUGCUGCAAGAGAUUUGUACAAAUACCGACACCAGUAUCCACAGAACUUUAAAGAUCUCCGAUAUCAAAAUGACUUAAGUAAUCUCCGUUUUUAUAAGAAUAAAAUUCCCUUUAAACCAGAUGGUGUUUACAUUGAAGAAGUCCUAAACAAAUGGAAAGGAGAUUAUGAAAAACUGGAGCAUAACCAUACUUAUAUUCAAUGGCUUUUCCCACUGAGAGAACAAGGUUUGAACUUUUAUGCUAAAGAGCUAACAACAUAUGAAAUUGAGGAAUUCAAAAAAACAAAAGAAGCAACUAGAAGGUUCUUCUUGGCUUAUAAAAUGAUGUUAGAAUUUUUUGGAAUGAAGUUGACUGAUAAAACUGGAAAUGUGACUCGGGCUACUAAUUGGCAGGAACGGUUUCAGCAUCUGAAUGAGUCCCAGCACAACUACUUAAGAAUUACCCGGAUUCUGAAAAGCCUUGGUGAGCUUGGAUAUGAGCAUUUUAAAUCCCCUCUUGUAAAAUUUAUUCUUCAAGAGGCUCUUGUGGAGAAUACUCUUCCAAAUAUCAAGCAGAGUGCUUUGGAAUAUUUUGUUUAUACAAUUAGAGACCGAAGAGAAAGAAGGAAGCUCCUUCGGUUUGCUCAACAACAUUACACCCCUCCAGAUCAUUUUAUUUGGGGGCCUAUUAAAAAACAAAAGCUUGAAGGAAACAAAGCAGCCAAGAUCUCUAUAUCUCCUGCCUCUGGUCACAAUAUUCAAUCUUCUAUGCACAAAAAAUCCAAGGAGUCUAAGAAUAUCCCCACAGCUGUUCAUUUAAGUAGCAAACCAACUGAAGAAAAUAAGGGAGAAUUGAAAGAAAAUGGAGAAAAUGCAGAUCGGCCUGCAAUGGAGGCUGGUAAUGAAGUUGCCAAGCUGAAAAAUAGUGAAAAGGACAGCAGUGCUGAAAGUCCAAAUUCUAAGCCAGAAAAAACUAUUAAUAAUUUCUUAGAUAAAAAAGAGAGUGCUGCUUCUCUUGAAAAAGGUGAGGACAGUGAAUGUCAGAGCCUGGAUUGUGAAAAUGCAGUAGUUACAAGAAAAGGUUCCUCUGAUGAGGAUAGCAAGAACUGUUCCAGUAACUGUUCAGAAAACACACAAACCAGUUUAGCAGGCCUUUAAUCAAAGCAAUGAGGCUACAAUCAAGAAAACUACACAGCGUCUGGGAAGCCACACAGAGCAGAG